AUGAUUUAUCUGAGGAGUUAUUCCAGACAAAGAUUAUUUGGUGGUAAAAACAAAUGCCCUCAUGAUCUGCCAACAAUGGCAAACGGUAAAAUUUUACAUAAAUGUGGUGGUGUACAGUUAGCUAUAAUCACCAUGGCUAGUCUGCUUGUCAAUAAACCAAUGGAUUUUUGGUCUAAGGUAUACAACUCAAUUGGUUUUGGGCACGAAGAUAAGAAAGAUAUUGAGAACACGAGAAAAAUACUUCUGUUUAGCUAUUAUGAUCUGCCUAGCCACUUAAGGACAUGUUUACUGUACAUGAGCAUAUACCCAGAAGACCACUUUAUCAAGAAAAAUACUUUGAUAUGGAAGUGGGUAACCGAAGGUUUUGUCCAUGAGGAAACAGGGGCGGGAUUAUAUGAGAUUGGCGAGAGAUACUUCACUGAGUUGGUAAACAGAAGCAUGAUACUGCCGGUAGAGACCCCGUAUCAGGGCAUCAUAUUUGGUUGUCGAGUCCAUGAUAUGGUGCUUGAUAUGAUCUGUCUACUUUCAAGGGAAGAAAACUUUGUUACUAUAUUGAGUAGCAACGAGCAAUACACGUCUUCACAUAGUAAUGCUCGCAGGUUAGCAGUUGGACAGAGAGUCCAAAGUCUGGACAGCACACAUAUGCCACAAGUAAGGUCAUUUGUUGCCAUGUGCAUUAGUGAUCAGUUGCCACUGCUUUCAUGUUUUAAAGUCUUACGUGUCCUAGAUUUAGAAGGCGUCAUGUCCCGCCGUGGCCCUAUCUAUCUUGGGUAUCUUGGAAAGUUAGUUCACUUGAGGUAUCUCGGGCUGCAGAAUAUGCACGUUUGUGUGCUCCCUGAAGAAAUAGGAGAUCUGAAGUUGUUGCAGGUGCUGGACCUGAGUGGUAAUGGCGACUUAACUGAACUGCCAUGCAGUAUUGGUCUACUAAGUCAACUCAAGUGCCUGAACAUUGAGGGAACCGACAUAAAAGUGUUAGAUUGGAUCGGGAGCCUGACAUCCCUGGAAGAGUUGUGUCUGACAAGGGUUGAAGACAAAGAGUUCUCAAGCUUAUUUGUGAAUGACCUCAGCAAGCUGACAGAAUUGAGGAAGCUCCGCAUUAGUCGGGUUUUAUGCUUAGAUAGUGCUAGCUCAAUAAGAGCUUGUGCGGAGUCAUUGGCCAAACUGCAGAAAAUCCAAGUCAUAGAUAUUUUUAGAAUGGACUUAGCGAUUUCUGUCAGUGGCAACAGCUGGUUGGAAGGUUAUGUGCCCCCUCCGCAACUCCGUGUUCUACGCAUGUCAUGCAGAAAAUCUGGGCUGUUAGCAAAGAUUAGUUCCUCACUUCUUCUGAACCUCACCCAUCUAUCAAUACAUGUGGAGAGUUCAGAUCUGAAGAUCUUUGGACUACUUCCAGAGCUUGUUACCCUCAGGUUGUACAUGGUCGACGUUCGCCACCAUGGUGCCAUGGGGAGUGCAGGUGCAUUCCCGAAGCUGAGGUUUUUCAAGACAGACGCAACGCUCGGCCAGUUUGCAGAAGGAGAUAUGCCACGCCUUAAAUGGCUCCAGUUCAGCGUCACAGUGUGGAGUAAGUAUGAAAACCUUCACUUUGACUUUGGUAGCUUGGGGAAUCUCCCAGAGCUUCAGAAAGUCACAACCCGUGUAUGUUGUGGCCUUGAUGUGGACACCGACAAGGUUGAUGAAGCAGUGAAGCACGCAAUUGAGAUCCUCCCCAAGCGUCUCGUUCUUCGUUUCGCACAUGAAGACAUGUUUCCAGACGAAGAAAAGGAAAUUGAGGUCCUCCCCAACCCCAAGCGUGGUUUCCCAUCUGAAGAAGACGAAGUCUGGGACUUCUCAACAGGGAGGAGAGACGUGUGGAUACCUUAUGCCAGGUAG